AUCGGAGGGACAGUGACGUCAUUUUAAGGCGCCUGCAUCGCGCGUUAUUCGGAGGCUUAUAUUCAGUGGUUGGUCCUUCUCCUCCUCUUUAAGUAAUACUUUUUCAUAGUCCUUGUUUUUUUUCCCGGUUUAGUUUCUGUUGUUACAGCAUGUUCAGUCCCCGCACCGUCGCGGGCUCGGGCCGCCGGCAGCAGAACCGGACUCCUGUCAGAAAGAACGCAUAUGGAACCGCUGGCAGUCUGCUGUUUACCCCGAGGUCGAGGAACCUAUCCGCUAGGUCUACACCCACCAGGGGGCAGAGCCAUGUUGGAGAGACUGUCAACUACGACGUCCAGACGUUUGGUUCUUCGCUGCCUGUCAAAGUGAUGGAGGCGCUGACCAUGGCUGAAGCUGAUGAACAGAUUUCAGUGAAGGUGAUAGAGAGUGGCUGGGCCUGGAUGGUUUGUGGAGAGAGACUGAUCAUCUGGAAGAUCAGCCAGACUGCUGUGGCCAAGCUGUCUGUGUGUAAAGAGCUUCAGCUGCCUCCCAGUGAGCACAGCUACUAUGCCGACCUGCUGGACAUCACAUCCUCUUCCCCUUUGGAGUCUGCCGCCCUUCAGUCCGUCUGUAUCCUGGUGGUUUCUGCAGAAGGACGGGCACGUUUCUGGCCCAACCUGGCUCAGGAAGGAAACUACAGUGAAACAGACUUAGACCUGGGAGAGUUCUGUAACUCUGUGGUUACUGUCAGAGGUGGCAGCUUCAUUGUGUCCUCGCUCAGGAACCGUCUGCUCAGAGCCAGUGUCGACUCGGCAGGAAAGCUGCAUUUCCGAGAACUGGUGCAGGGUCAGGGCGUGCUGUCUGGAAUAGGACGCCGUGUCUCUAGCCUUUUUGGCACCUUUCUUUCACCCCCGGCCAAUGAGACUCUGCACAGUGUCCUGUGGGUGGGCGGAGCCAGCUGCCUUUACACACUAACCAGCUCUGGUCUAAACAAAUGGGAGCUGGAUGACACCUGGGAGCAGCAUGUCCUGCGCUGGGACACUCAAAGAGCUCUGACUGAGAGCAUUGCAGAUGCCAUAUGGGGCUCUGACAGUAACUACGAGGAGAUGAAGGAGGGGGCAAAUGUGGCUUAUCUGGACAUGAAGCUUAGCCAGUGUGGUCUGGUGGUGUUGGCUGCAGCAUGGAAUCCCUCAGACUCUCCAUGUCUGGCUUAUUUCUGCCUGGUGACCCUGCAGGACAACGGAGCAGCCAUCUCUGACCUCUUCACUGUGGAGGUCACAAAGUUCAACCCUCCAUUCCAGAGUGAAGAAGCUCUGCACGCCACACGGUUGGUGCUGCCGUCGUCUCCUGGCUCCACUGCUUACAUCUACACUGAGGAGCUGGUGUUCGCCUGCUCGACAGGAACCAACAGGGCGGCGCUGCCUGAGGAGAAAAUCACCUUCAGCUCUCCUGGAGAUGGUGUUCGGGGCGGAGGCUGCUGUGCCAACCUGCCAGUGUUUUUCUCUCAGAACAGCGGGCUGGUAGCGGUGGUGGCUCGGGAGAGCGCUUCCAUCCUGCCAGAGACCAUGGAGGACUCACUCUGCUCCUGUCUGGCUGCAACACCAGAGGUUUCAGCGAUGGAGACUGGGAGCAGAGCUGAGGCUGUGGCUCAGGACGACAAAACCAAACUCCUGAAGGCAGCGUUUCUCCAGUUCUGUCGGAAUGACCUGGUGGGGGCGCAGACGCUGACAGAUGAGCUUUUUCCUGUUGAUGGUGAGGGGGCAGAGCUGGACUCCACUGUAGUCCAGAUCGACCUGGAUCUGGUGGACGAUUACCCAGCAUCUGACCCCCGCUGGGCUGAAUCGGUUCCUGACGAGAGCGUUGGUUUUCCCCUCACGUCCCUCAUCAUCCUCCACCAGCUGGAAGACAAGAUGAAGGCUCACGGCUGCUUCAUGGACUUCCUACUCCAGGUGGGGCUCCUGGAGCGUCUGGGCCAGGUAACGGUGCGUUCCUCUCCCAUGGCGACCCGUCUUCUGCUGUGUGAACACGCUGAGAAGCUGCAGGCUGCCAUGGCGCUGAAGAACCACCACGCCAAGAACACAGAGCUCGUCACCCGCACCAUCAGUAAGGCUCUGCAGCAGAGUAACACGCCCGUGCCUCCCAGCCUCACUGCUGCCGACGUCUUCUUCAGAGAGGUGUCUCAGAUUUCAUCGGCACUGGAAUGUCUCCUGGAGGAGGAGGAGCGCAGCCUGAAGGAGAACCAGGUGAACUCCGUCCAAUGGGCCGAGACUGUUCUCGCCGUCAAUAACAUCAUCAAGGACAUGCUCCAGGCAGCAGGACAGUACCGAGAGACUAAAGCGUCCUUGUACAGAUGUGUUGAGGACACUGCAACGGAGCCAGAGUUUGUUCCGUGGACAGCGUCUACUGCUGUUCGCAGCGUCAUUUCCCGCCAACACGACAUCAUCCUGCACUCUGUGUACCCCCACGCCGACUCGUCUCUACGUGGCGUUCUUUGUGAGCAGCUGGUGGCGCUGUUGGACAUCUACCUGGGAGGAUACGUGGCUCAGUUGACUUCUUUGCAGCAGCAGCGCCCUCCGCUGGCCCAGCAGGAUCGCUAUAGCAGCCUGGAGAUGGAGUACAUCCAACGGCGCUCGGAGCUUCUGCACCCGCUAAUGGAACUGGGUCAGUACCAGUGGGCUGCCACUCUGGCAGAGAAGUACUGUGACUUUGACAUCCUGGUCCAGAUGUGUGAGCAGACAGAAAACCAGAGCCGUCUGCAGCUCUACAUGAACAAGUUCUCCCAGCAGAACUUUUCUGACUUCCUUUUCCGCUGGUACAUGGAGAAGGGGAAACGAGGGAAGCUUCUGUCUCAGCCUGCAGCUCAGCAUCAGCAGCUGGCCUCCUUCCUGCAGUCUCACCAGCACCUAAGCUGGCUGCACCACAUCCAUGUGCACGACUAUGCCAGUGCUCACAAGACGCUGUACAGUCAGACCAACAUGGAGACACGUUACUUCGUGAAGAAGAAGACUCUGCUGGCUCUGAGCAAACUCACAGCCCUGGCCUCAGACCUGCCACAAGACGAGAUCCACAAACAAGUCCACGAAAUGGUGGAGCAGGAGCGUUUCCUGCUGCACCAGGAGACUCUGCCCCGACAGCUGCUGCAGGAUAAACAGCAGAAUCCUGACAACAUGCCUCUGCUCAGUGCUCACAACCUCAUCCAGCUCUACAUCUGUGACGACAACAGAGGAGCCAAUGAGUAUGACUAUAAGAAAGCCCUGGACCUCCUGGAGUAUGUGGAACAGGAGGACCAGGUGGACGUCCAGGCUCUGAAGUGUGACAUUUUCAGCAAAGCUCUGAGGAGAGACGACUGGUCGACGGCCGAUGGAAAUGACGACCCUCUGGAUGCAGCCAAGGACAGUGUCUUCGUCAAGAUCCUCCUCAAACUGAUACAGGAAGGUGUUCCUCUGCAGACCUACCUGCCCGAUGUCACAGAUCUGCUGGACUCCGACGACCUCAGCUCAUUAAAAACCAAACCCUACUUUGAGUUUGUCCUUCGAGCCAAUUACGAACAUUUCCUUCAAGCUCAAAUGUGACCGGCGACGUGAUCGACGUCUUCAGCUUCUUUCUUCCCCAUGUGACUUUUUCUAAAUAAAGGUGUUUCAUGUUUA